GUUUCUUAUAGCGUUUUAAUCACAUUACGUUUAUUUUUUUAGAUAGAUAAAAAGUUUAAAUGGCUAGGCUACUGAUAUGCAUGUAUGUAAUGUAUAUGUAUUUUUCUUUUUUGCUAAAUCAAAUAUUUUUACAGUCUGAAUCGCUAAAGUACAUGUAAAAGCAAUACUAUCAUGUAUUAUAUAUAAUAGCGUUUAUUAAAUAUUUCAUAAUUUUCCUGUUUUUUAUUAUUUCUUCCUUAAUAAAUUAUAAUUGUAACAUGAUAAAAACGCUAUAAGAAACACAUGGAGGGUACAGACUUCGACAGAACACCGGACAUCUUCUCUACUUAUUUUCUAUACUAAUUAUUAAAAGAUUUCCAGAUGAUUUCCUUGCUCCAUUCUAUCCGUUUAAGGGCUUAUUGUAAUCAUAAACACCUACGUUUAUCUUCAAAUGAUGUCUUUGACGAUGGUAUUCUAUAAAAAUGAAAGCCAUCUUUUUUGGCAUUCUUAUUCUGACACUUAACAGCACAACCGGACAUUUUCCAGUGAGUUAUCUUGCUCUUUUCACUCGUGUCUAAUUCAUUUCCACUGUUUUUCGAGACACGUCAGCCUAUGAGAGAAACGGCCAGGGUGUGCUUGCUGGUGUGGUGAUGUCAUUGCCAGGCGACUGAACCGGAAGAGACGUGGCAAAAUAUACUGAAUUCUAAAGUAAUGCUAACGAAAUAUUGAGAAAAAACAUCCGUUCUGGCUUGAUGUUAAGAUUCACUUCAUGUGUGCUCGUUUUGUAUUUGUAACGACAAUGUCAGAUGUUUAAAUACUUGGAUGUUAAGCUUGACAGGCGGAUAAUGGGUUUGUGCAAGUGUCCCAAAAGGAAGGUAACGAACCUGUUCUGCUUUAAACAUCGGGUCAACGUCUGUGAGCAUUGCCUUGUGUCCAAUCAUAAUAAGUGUAUUGUCCAGUCAUACCUACAGUGGCUACAGGACAGCGAUUACAAUCCUAACUGCAGUCUGUGCAGCCAACCAUUAGAUUUUCAGGAUACUGUCCGACUGGUUUGUUAUGAUUUGUUCCACUGGUCAUGUCUAAAUGAACUUGCAUCCCAUCAGCCACUUUUCACUGCACCUGCUGGGUACCAGUGCCCAACAUGCCAGGGUCCUGUGUUUCCACCCCCAAAUCUGGCCAAUCCUGUUGCAGACACUCUUAGAGAACAGCUGUCCUCUGUUAACUGGGCUAGAGCAGGACUAGGCCUUCCACUGAUUGAGGACACACUGGAGAGGGAGGAAUCCACAGCGCAUGAUGUAACAUGUUUCUCUGAUUGGUCCACUUUUGAGACCCAUGAAGUGGAAAUGGCAAUCUCAGACCCCAACUCAACCAGUCUACUACACCAACAGGAUACGGAGCACAUCCACAAUAUUCACAACAAUGAAAAACUGACUGUUCAAAAUCACUCUGCCAUUAACAUGAGCACCACGUCUACUCCAGACACAGUUACCAUUAACACAGCUACUUCCCCCAGAAGGGUAUAUGACACGCGGGAUUCAGGCCACGCUUCAGUGAUGCAGAUUGACUUUGAUGAUGAUAAGUACCGCAGACGUCCUGCCCUUAGUUGGUUUGCACAGGUCCUUAAAAAUCGUACAGGCCCUAAGAAAAAGGCUCUCACAUUAACACAGCGUAUAUUCAUGUUUUUGUUAGUUGGAGUGAUUGGAUUCUUUACCCUCAUAAUCAUAAUGGCUAAACUGGGUCGGGCCUCUGCUGAGUCAGACCCAAACCUUGAUCCCUUGUUGAAUCCCAACAUCCAUGUAGGCAACAUGUGAUGAAACACUUUCCUAUUUAGACUUAAUUCAGCCCUGAAUUUGGGUUUAUUGGAAAAAAAACUGGUGGUGCGGCGAAGGGUUGUGGCACAGGAAGCUGGGACCAGCAUGUAGAUGCCUCUGUUUGGACUGUGAAUGAAAAUGUCUGACAACCUAGGGCAAGAAGGAAAGUAUACAAAUGCUGCACAACAAAUCUCACAUUCCUCUGUGAGAUGAUAAAGGCAUUGUAAGACUUUUGGUGUGUUUCAUUUAGUUCUAAAACCUUCCCUUUUAAAUGUGUGUACCCUUUUCAAUGUUUGGACAAAAGAUUUGCAGUGAGUGUGUAUGUUUUUGCUAUCAGUCCUUAUAAUAUGCAUUUGAAUUCCUAAUGAUCAUGCAUAGAGAUUAUCAGCAUAACAAAUGAUUCUCCAUGUGAGGUUGUGAUUAUUUGGUUAAUCAAAAAUAUA